AUGGCAACAACAUACACCAACGAACAAUUAGUAGAGCUCGAGUUGCAAGCACGCAACCUCGCGGCGCCAGGUGCGCUCGUGCCGUUGCUUCCUCCCAAGUCGUCAACCCGAGGCACGUUGCUCGACCUUGCUCUCGGCUCGUCUACUCGAUCGCCUUUCGGUGCGUCCAAGCAUUCCGAUUGGAAGGUCGAUACGUUUGUCGUCCCUGCCGCGUUCCCACGAUCGCUCAAGAGUGGCACGACAAGCACUUCGAAUCCCAAAGGCUCGGCAUCGCAACCAAGUGGGGCACCAGCGACAACGGGACGGAUCGAUGCGAGUCAAGCGUUCCAUGAUCUGGCCGUGAACCAGUUACAUGGCUUGAGAGGAGGCAAGGUUUCAAUUGCGGAUCAGCAAGAACUACGGGAACAGGAACAAUUGUUCCUGGCGGUGAAUCGUUACGUCAAUCGAGCCGCGGCACCGUCCAAGGCGGCGCCACUUUUGACUUUGGUCUUUGCCCAUGCCAAUGGGUUCCACAAGGGUGAGUCGACUUGGAACCUGAAUAAUCGAUUGGAAUCGCGGGAUUAAACAGUCUUCAAACCACCAUAUGUGGGUGAAUAGAAACCUGGGAACCCGUCAUUUCCGACUUGCUCGACUCGUGGGACUCGACCCUGAUGCCCAUUGGCGAAAUAUGGUGCUUGGACGCCGUCAACCAAGGCGACUCGGCAGUUCUGAACGAAGCCGUACUGGGUACUACCUGUACGUCCAGCGUCAUACUCUGGGCCCUUGUGCAUAGCUCGCUGAGCGGAGCUGACGAUGAAAACUCUUCCCUCUUUCAGUCGACUGGUCCGACCAUGGCCGAGACAUCGCCAACUUCCUCAUCUCGUACCUCCCCGACCCUCUAUCCGCUUCUUCGACCUCCUCCAUCAGUCUCCCCUACAUCUCCACCCCUCAAAACACGACCCUCUUGGCCCUCGACAAUCUCUCCGUAUCGCCCGGUGCAUCCUACCCAACCCGACGGAUCUUUCGAAAUCGACUGAUCGUCGGCAUCGGUCAUUCUCUCGGAGGAGGAGGUAUGGCCUUCGCCGCAACCGCGCAACCGAGUCUCUUCUCCUCCAUCAUCCUCUGCGAUCCCGUCCUCCCACCUCCUGGUGCGGACCGAAUCAUGUCGGCAUUGACCAAAGGGGCCUGCGUGAGGAAGGAGACGUGGGUCUCCAAGCAGGAUGCUAAAGAAGGUUUCUUGAAGAAGGCCUUCUUCCGGGGAUGGAAUCCCAGAAGUCUGGAUUUAUAUGUCGAGCUGGCGACCAAGCACGUUGUCGACAAGGAUGGCAAGAAGCAUGUGGCUUUGAAAUGCCGAGCCAAGGACGAAGCCGUAAGUCCCACGAGGUUCUUUGACAUACUUUGCUUUGAGGACCCCGGGCGCGCUGAUACGCUCCAAUCUGGACUCACCUACUACAGCUCGUCUUUGGCGACCUAACCGCCGGUGCGGCACGACGAGCCGCCGGUCGCCUAGCGCUCCUCCCAUCGACCCUCCCCGUCCAUUUCAUCUUCGCCGAAAAGGGUUCCGUCGUCCCUCCUUCCCCGGACCGCGAAAACCUCUUGGGCCUCAUCCCUCUCGCGACUCAUUUCACGAUCCCGGGUUCGGGUCAUUUGAUCGUACAGGAGAGACCGACCGAGACGGCUAUGGCGAUAGGACAACAGUUGAGGAAAGUCUAUGGCUCGAAAGGACUUUGGGGGGUUCCCAAAUUGUAG